UUCCAGGCUCUUGCGUCGCGCGGUCAACCUCCCUGCUUUCGAAUCCGUUUUCUUUCCGGACAGUCAUGGCCAGAUUCUCCCUCGCUUUCGGGCUGCUCGUGGUGGCACUGAUGGCGUCUGCCGAGGCCAGGAGCCCCAUAGCCCCAGGACUCAGGCCGGGCUACGACUGUGGCUUCAGCUAUUGUCCCAUCAUCUACGACCCUGUCUGCGGCAGCGACAGGCGGACGUACCCGAGUCGGUGCGACCUGGAGGUGGCCAGGUGCAGGAACCCGCGGCUGAGACUCGUGGGGCCGGGAGUCUGUCGCAUUCGUGGCUAGGACCACCUGAACAAAAGCUUCGUUCACGUUGAUUCCUCCUCCAGUCUUCUCUGACCCCCCCUCUCCUUCCCCCUCUACCCACCCUUUCAUCUCCCUCCA